AUGCACAAAAAAGAAAAAAAAAAAAAAAGGGAAGGAAAAGGUUGGGCUUCUCAGUGCUUCUGUGAGUUCUCUCUCUAGAUCCUUCCAAUCUGUAGUAAAGUGAGGGGUUUUCUAAUUUUAGGGUUUAAUCCCCAAAGUACAUUACGCUCAAAACCUACCUUACCAUUUACGGAGAGUAAAAUUCUAAUAAACCCAUAAAAUCCUUUCUAAAUGGUUCGCUCUCAUGGCGUCAAGCUGGUUGCUUGGCUCGCUCGCCGCUGUCCCUCAUCCAAACUUUUCGAAGAUUCUGCUAAUUCUGUUAAUAAGAGUCUGUUAAAUGGUAUUUGUAGGAGAUUGAAUACUUCGGUUUGCAACCCUGGUUGGGUUAUUGGCAUUCACUCUCCUAAAAAGGUUAACCACAAAAACUGGUCGUUAUUGGGAUCUUCGAAUGCCACUGUUUGCACAACGAGGUCAAUUCAUGGCUCCGCUUAUAUGUCGAGAGAUUAUUAUGAAGUACUUGGUGUUAGCAAAAAUGCCACUUCAUCUGAAAUAAAGAAAGCUUAUUAUUUGCUGGCAAAGAAACUCCAUCCUGAUACAAAUAAAGAUGAUCCUGAAGCUGAAAAGAAGUUUCAAGAAGUUUCAAAGGCAUAUGAGGUUUUGAAAGAUGAUGAAAAGCGUGCACAAUAUGAUGAGGUUGGCCAUGAUGCAUAUGAACGUAAUCUAAAUGGAGAUUUUCAUCCUGGUGGAGCAGGAUUCUAUAAUCCAUUUGAUAGCUUCUUCAGAAUGGAUGAUAUAUUCAGCAAUGUAUUUAAGCAGAAGCUUGGUGGCCAAGAUGUCAAGGUUGCUAUUGAAUUGUCAUUCAUGGAAGCUGUUCAGGGAUGCACCAAAACUAUCACAUUUCAAACUGAUACACCUUGUGAAGCCUGUCAUGGUGAAGGUAUUCCUCCUGGGGUAAAACCUGAAUUGUGUAAGCGCUGUAAAGGCACUGGCAUGGUGUUUACCCAAAAAGGAUUCAUUAGUAUUCAACAUACUUGUAAUCAGUGUGGUGGAACUGGGCAAACUGUAUCGAGUUUUUGCAACACAUGCAAUGGGCGUAGGGUAGUUAGAGGAACAAAGUCUGUCAAAUUGGAUAUUAUGCCAGGAGUGGAUGACAAUGAAACCAUAAAGGUGCCAAGAAGUGGCGGAGCAGACCCAGAGAGAAAUCAACCUGGUGAUCUAUUUGUAACUGUUAGGGUUCGGGAAGAUCCUGUUUUCCGUAGAGAAGGAUCUAACAUUCAUGUGGAUGCUGUUCUGAGUGUUACUCAGGCAAUUCUGGGGGGAACCGUCCAGGUCCCUACUCUCACAGGAGAUAUUGUACUCAAGGUCCGUGCUGGCACCCAGCCUGGCCAGAAGGUGGUACUGAAGAAUAAAGGGAUUAAAGUUCGAGGCUCUUACUCUUUUGGUGACCAAUUUGUGCACUUCACUGUCAGCAUUCCGACGAACUUGACUCCGAGACAACGGGAAUUGAUUGAAGAGUUUGCCAAAGAAGAACAGGUUGAAUACAAUAAGCGUGCUGCUGGAGCCUCUGGGUAAAAAACCAGACGUGGCUUCCUUCAUGGCUUAACUACUUAUCGGCGUCAUCAGUCAUCUCAGAGUUAGCAAGACAAUUUAAGAGAAACAGACAGAGAAUAGGAGGAAAGAUGAUACCCUUUAACCGACAUGCAUUGGAAGUUUUACAUGGUGAAAAAAGUAACGAGAUUUGGCGACCGUUCCUUUAUUUUUGGAGAAAUGUGAUCUUUUUCCCCUUGUAAAUCACAAUCACAAAUUAUAUUAUUCGAGGCCAAAAUAUGAGUUCUUUCUUCCAAAUAAAAUGAUUUUUGUACAUAAUUUACUUUGUAAUUUUAUUACAUUUGUCUUGAAUGGGUGUUGAUAGCUGUUUUCUGAA